AACAUUAACCUUUACAAAGAGGGGUAGACGGGCGCAGGCUGCAGUGGGGACGACUGAAAAAUGGACGGUACAGUUAUGCAUUUUACCGUGCUGUAUUACCGUAAGAAUGGUAUAUUAAUAUUAUCAGCCAUUUAAAUAACUUAUACAUUAAUGAUCCAGCUGUCGCCACAAGGAAAGAAGUAAAUGUGCUAUAAAAAACAUGACUUGUUGAAAAUGACAGUUGUGGAUAACACCCUCGAAGACUCAAGUCUUUUCUAACAUGCUCCAGUGACCAGUUUUUUUAAUUUAAUUCGUAAGUGCUUUCUUUCCAAGUGAGCAUGGAGGUGGAGAGUGUUCCUGUGGAUAACCUGAUAGACUUUGACCUGAUUCCUUGUGGGGCAGAUCCCUGUGCGGUAGAUCCUUGCACAGUCGAUCCUAGCACUCCGGAUCCAUUUUUGCUGGAUCCUUGCACGGUAGACCCGUGUGCGCUGGAUCCCCAUGCUCUGGACCCCCAUGAGCCAGACCCAUGCAUGGUAGACCCCUGUGUGCUGGAUUCCAAUGCGCUGGACCCAUGCCCGGUAGACCCCUGUGUGCUGGAUCCACAUAUGCUGGAUCCAUGCCCGGUAGACCCCUGUGUGCUGGAUCCCCAUGCGCUGGACCCAUGCACAGUAGACCCCUGUGUGCUGGAGCCCUCUUCCCCUGUGGCGAAUCACAAUGGAAACGGCCAUGGCGAGGAACCAGGCAAUGAGAGCGAGGCCACCGAAUCGGCAGACAGCGAAAAUGAAGCCUCAGACUCGCCCUCCCGCAGCGGCUGGGGCCGCUCGCGACGCUCCUCCUCCAACGAGUCCUUCUCCUCCAAUCAGAGCACAGAGUUCGCGGAGGACGAGGAGUCGGCAGAGUGCAGGGAAUUCAUAAAGAAAUACGUGGAGAAGAUCUUUCAUGGAGGAGAUGAGAUUGAACAGGAGGAGAAGGCACGCUUUGGGGAGCUCAGCAGCGGAGACAAUGGCAAAGGCAGGGAGUGGUUCUCCAGAUAUGUCAGCGCCCAGCGCUGCAAUUCCAAGUGUGUCUCCGAACAGACUUUCUACAGACUCGUCCAGUCGUUUGCUGUUGUCCUCUUUGAGUGCUACCAGAUGGAUGACUUUGGCCCUGCCAAAAAUCUCAUGACAAUGUGUUUCACUUACUAUUACAUAGGAAAAACACACCUGUCUCCUACUGACUUCAUGGAGAAGCCGGUUGCAGGUAUCGACUCUUACCUGAAAACUGCCAACAGCUGGCUGGCAGGCAAGAAGGACAUGGCAGAGCGGCUACUGAAGAACACAUCAUCCAAGACGGAAAACGUCAAAGGCUUCUUCGGAGGCCUGGAGAGCAAGCUACGAGGACCAGUCGGCAAAAAAAAUGAAGAUGGUGAGAAUCAGCCUGAGAAGAAACCAGAGAAGGCUGUGGUGCUGGAUUUCCCUGAUGAAAAGAAAGGAGAGAAGAUCUAUCUUUACACACAUUUAAGACAGCAGCCGAUCUGGCACACACUGCGUUUCUGGAAUGCUGCCUUUUUCGACGCAGUCCACUGUGAGAGAAGGAAGAGAUCUCCCACUACAAGGAGGGAUGCUGGGGAGGAAAAGGAAAAGAGGGAGAAGUGGUGUCACAUGAGCCAGGAAGAAAAGGAUGACAGCCUGAGGUUCAAUGAAAAUAUUGCAUUCGGACAGUUGGGAACCUUCACACACAACAUGGUGGCCUUCGGACUGAGCCGGAAGCUCUGCCUAGAUUUUCUGAAGAAGCAAGCGGUCAUUGGCAAUUUGAGUGAAGAGCAAAACAAGCUGCUGAGCGAUCAUAUUGAAGAGAUGGCUGUGGAAUAGGAGUCUGAAGAAAUGAACUUAACGUUGUGGCUGGAGAUGUCUUUCCUGCAUGACUUCGAUCUAAACAUAAAUAUUACAAAGUGUAUAUUUUGGAAAACAGAUGCUGAUAAUUAUUUAUAUUUAUAUUUCCUGCUAGUCCCAAAUUGUUUGUAUUGUAUGUGAGGUACACCUUACUGAUAUUCAUAUAUACAUACAGCUAUGGCCAAAAGUUUUGCAUCACUUAGAAUUUUAGAAUUAUAUAUUUUAUUUAACA